AUGACCCUCCCUCAAGACUCGGAGUGCAGUAGAGAUGCACUUGGAAGCACUAAGAAGGGGAAAGCAACACUUGAGGUAGUGGAUCCCAAGCUGCUGCAGUCAGACAUGCUACCCCUCAGCAAUCCUGCAUCGGUUAGGCUCCCAAAACUUAGGCGCUUGAACAUCUUCUCCCCGGCGUCUCAUCUUGAUUUCUCGGGGUUAGAACCAGUAGUAGAUAUGCUGGCAGGUAUGGGCUUCACUGGAAACGGACGUACCAACGAUGUCCUGUCGGAUAAGUAUAGUUUAAUUAUAAAAGGGCAGCGCGUUUUCAUCCAUACUGUUGCUGUCGCGCUGUGGGCUAUGGAACCGAAAGCCGUCGCUCCAACUUUGCAACUCACCAUUGAAGGCGUUUACGAAGGUGGUGUCGGCGGUAUUGAGACUAAUAACCCUCCUUGGUCGCCUGAAGGACGGUCAUAA